AUGACGUCUUUUGGUCUGUCUAAAUACGUGAGACGGAUAGUGGACAAUCAAGUCCUGUAUGACAAAUAUGAAGAGUUCUCUGUACGGAGAGCGCUUGCAGCUGACCCAGAUACCCGGUGGUGUCCAGCACCUGACUGCAGUUUCGCAGUGGUGGCUACCGGGUGUGCGUCGUGCCCCAAACUGACCUGUCUGGCUCCAGGUUGCGGCGCGUCCUUCUGUUACCACUGUAAGGCGGCGUGGCAUCCCACGCAGACCUGUGACGCGGCACGCAGAAGUCGUCAGCCACCCCCACGGGCGCCGCAGCCUUCGCACAACGAAAUGGAGCAUGGGGAAGUGAAACCAUGCCCCCGAUGUUCAGUACUUAUAGUGAAAGUGGAGGAUGGCUCAUGUAAUCAUAUGGUGUGUUGUGUUUGCGGCGCCGAGUUCUGUUGGCUCUGUAUGAAGGAGGUCUCAGACUUACACUAUCUUAGUCCUAGCGGUUGUACGUUCUGGGGAAAAAAGCCAUGGUCACGAAAAAAGAAACUUCUUUGGCAACUUGGUACAUUAGCCGGCGCUCCACUAGGCAUAGCCGUGGUAGCAGGAGUGGCACUACCAGCGCUAUUAGUGGGACUGCCACUUUGGGCGGGUAGACGCGCGCAUCGACGCCUGCGCAGAGCUAAACCGGCUAGGCGUAGAGCUGCUGUCGCCGCUGCCGUUGCUGCUGCGCUAAUAGUAUCACCAUUGGUAGCCGGAUUAGCAGUUGGUAUUGGAGUGCCAAUUCUCCUUUUCUACGUAUACGGCGUUGUCCCUGUGUCCUUAUGUCGGGCUGGAGGAUGUUCCGCAGCUCCGCCCCACGCCGAAGAUGAAAGAGAACACGCCCUAGAUAUUGAUGCGUAUUCACGUCGGCUUGAACCAAGCAUAGGCGACGCAUCCCUCUCGGCCGGAUCCCAACACGCAGAAGUCCGCGCGCCUUCUCUAGCGGGACUAGCUGGCUCCCUCGCAUCUCACGACACGCACUCGCCCGCCGCUCAUCGACUCGAAGUCACCGCCGAUAUCGCAGCAUCAGACAACACCAGCGCAGCCAGCUGGCCCGACGACCUUCCGUCGACCUCUACGCGAUCGGCGGCAAGACUCAGAAGCCUCUUUCUCUACGGCUCCGCAGUUCCACCGCAGGACGUCGAAGCCGGAACAUCGCAACCAGUGAAAUUAGAAAUGACGACCUGUGAGAACGUCCCGGACUCGUAA